AUUAAUUAGCCUAUUUGAUUAUUAAGAUAAUGGAUGAGCUAAGAAGGAGAGCUUUACAACGAGAAGAACUUGAAAAAGAAGCAGCCAGGGAACAAGACGACUCUCCAGCAGCAGAAGAGGAUUUCCUAGAAGUAGAAGACCCUCUACUGGAGAUACCAGUGGGAGACAAACACUAUGACAAGAGGAAGAGCGUACUCCGUAGAACUACCUCUGAAGCUGCGUUAGGGUUCUUCAUUCAUUUGUGUCUCCUGAUAUACUGUACUGGUGUCAACGUGUAUGACUCCACUGCUUAUAAGAAGUGCAAGGAAAAGGACCUUGCUUAUGACGGCCACGAUAAUUUUGGUUGGCGUUUUAAGUACCUCACAUUUUUGACCAUGUGGGGACUGUUCUUAUAUUUCUUCAUAGCAUUCUUUACUGAUAUAGUUCCCCAGUCAUUGGCUAAAGUUAUGCUACAUAGAUUUACUGAUUGGCUCUUCACUACAGUGGUCUGGCCCUUUGCCUGUAUCGAGGUGAUUCUGUUUUGGACCAUGAUGACCAUUGAUCCUAAUUUAUUGAAACGUCAUGAAAUAUAUGAUAUUUGUGUUCCUCCACUCCUUGAUCAUGCCCUGCACACUUUCCCUAUUAUUGUUGUACUGCUGGAGGCUUUGUUGGUCUAUCACAGAUACUCAAGUAAUCUGGUAGCUGCUUUUUCAAUAUUUUCAGCAACUACAGGAUAUUUCAUUUGGAUUCUUAUAGUAUUUACUAAAAUUAACAAAUGGCCGUAUGCUUUCAUGUAUCACUUGAAUCCAGUGGCAUUUAUUAUUUUCAUGUUUGGCUGUACUAUUUUUGGUGGAUGCAUUUAUGCCAUUGGUAGGAUCAUUGCGUCAUUUAGAUGGAGAGAGCGGUUUAUGAUACUGAAAGAGUUAGCCGAAGAUGGUGAUGAAUCAUUAGACGAAGAUGAAGAUUAGAAUUAUAUAAAUCAUAAUACAUAAUAGAUACUAAAAUAGGAAUCAUUACUUUCAAUUUUAAAAAAUAAAAUAUUACGCCUAAAAUCAGUGAGGCUGCAAAGUAUA